CCUCUCUCUCUCUCAUACAUUCCUAUAAAAUCACUCCUCCUCGUCUCCACACGGUUCCAGGCUGGUGACCCCAAAGCAGUGAGAACCCACGACUGCAGGAGAACUCCAGACUGACGUCCAGCAGGUUGCAGGUGCUCGACACACGGCUCUUCCAAAGAUGGAGCCGCUUCUGUCGAGAGGACUGACUGCACUGACAGCACUUCUCCUCUUGCAUAUGACAGGGUGUGUGUUAGCCGAGUCGUCAGGACGCUGCAGUGUGUUCGGUCGACAGCACAUACACACAUUUGAUGGAGUGAUUUAUGAGUUCGCUGGUGACUGCAGCUACAUGCUGGCUGGAGACUGUCAGGGCAGAACCUUCUCAAUCCUGGGUGAUCUCUCACAGGGCAAGAGGAAAGGUGUGAGUGUGUUCCUUGGUGAGGUCUUUGAGUUGAACUUGUCUGUGGAUGGCGCUCUAACACAACAGGGAGAGAGGGUCCAGCUGCCCUACGCCUCUAACUCUGUGUUUGCGGGCUACGAGCUGGGCAGUGUGCGUUUAUGGAGUGAUGAGUUCGGCUUCUCGGUCCUCAUCGACCCGAAUCACAACAUCCAGAUCAAACUCGGCAAACAGCACCAGAACCGAACCUGCGGCCUGUGUGGGAACUUUAACUCCGCCCCCAGUGACGAUUACACAGCGCAAGAAGGUUUUCUGACAGAAAACCCAUAUGACUUUGCCAAUUCUUGGGCUCUUAAUGGUGAAGCAAAAGUGUGUAGGAGAGUGAAACCACCGUCUCAGACCUGUAACAGUACGGGAAACUCAGCACAGUUGAUGACACAGUGUGAGGUUCUGCGCACCUCAGCGGUGUUCCUGCGCUGUAACCACCUGGUGGAUGUAGACGUGUUCUUGGCGGUGUGUGAGUCAGACGUUUGUCACUGCGGAGACGGUGAGGAGUGUGUGUGCCACGCCCUGCUGGAGUACGCACGCACCUGCGCCAGUCACGGACUCGUCCUGCACGGCUGGCACACACAGAGCCAGUGCACUCCAAAGUGUCCAGUAGGAAUGCAUUACACUGAAUGCUCUCAGCCCUGCUCCACAUCAUGUCAGAGCCUCAACAUCCACGAGCUCUGCAGGGACGAGUGUGUAGACGGCUGCACCUGCACAGCGGGUAAGGUGCUGGAUCGAGAACACUGUGUGGAUGUUUCUCAGUGCUCGUGUCAGCACUCAGGAAAACGCUUUCCCCCUGGAUCUACUGUCUCACAGGACUGCAACACAUGUGUGUGUCGUCAUGGAUCAUGGGAGUGCACUAAUGAGGAAUGUCCAGGAGAGUGUGUGGUUACAGGACAGUCACACUUUAAGACCUUUGAUGAUAAGUUCUUCACCUUCAGUGGAAUCUGUCAGUAUCUGUUGGCUAAAGACUGUGACCGCGGCGUCUUCUCCGUCCUCAUAGACACCGUGCAGUGUGCAGAUGACCCAGAUGCUGUGUGCACACGUUCAGUCACCCUAAAGUUCCAGGCUCUGGCCAAUCAGACGAUCAGGCUGAAGCAUGGGGGCGUGGUCUCUGUGGACGGGAUCGAUGUUCAAACUCCUUUAAUUAGCGGGCGUCUGCGUGUCCAGAGCACAGUUUUGUCAUCAGUGAGGCUGAACUUUGGGGAUGAUUUGCGGUUGGACUGGGACGGGCAUGGACGAGUGCAGCUCAGGCUAAGUCCAUCCUAUUCAGGGAAAACAUGUGGCCUGUGUGGAAACUUCAACGGUAACCAAGGAGACGACUUCCUGACGGUGGGGGGGCUGGUGGAGACGCGGGUGGAGGGGUUCGGGAACGCGUGGAAGAUGAACACAGAGUGUGAAAACAUUCAGAAACAACCCACUGAUCCCUGCAGCUUAAACCCGAAGAGAAUAAACUUUGCUGAAGAGUCAUGUGCAGUGAUGCUGUCGGUCCGCUUCGAGGCGUGUCAUCACAGAGUGAACCCGAGUCCGUAUGUGAAGAACUGCCGCUACGACGUGUGCUCCUGCGCAGACGGACGUGAGUGCCUGUGUGCAGCCGUGAGCAGCUACGCAGCCGCAUGCGCAGCUCAGGGAGUGGUGGUGGACUGGAGGGGACAGGGAUACUGCGAGCUGACAUGUCCAGGUGAUCAGGUGUACCAGGUGUGUGGGAAUGUGUGUAAUCAGACGUGUCGCUCUCUCUCCGUGCCGGACGCUCAGUGUGUGAGUGUGUGUGACGAGGGUUGUUUCUGUCCCCGGGGUUUGUUCCUGAGUGACACGGGCGAGUGUGUGUCACCUGAACACUGCUCGUGUCACCACGACGGAGAGAUCUACCAACCCAACGACAUGUUCGCCGAUCACAACUCCGUCUGUUACUGUGAGAACGGCUCCAUGCGCUGCACCUCCAGUGAUGUCGGCCCCUCUGUGCUCUCAGACCUCUUCUUUGAUGAACCUGCACCUUCUCGAGAGCGCCGGUCCGUCUCCUGUCCCGUCCCGCUCUACAGGUUCGAGUGUCGGAGCUCCAGGGACGUCGGCAUCGAAUGUGCAAAAACGUGUCAGAACUUCGAUCUGGAGUGUGUGAGCCAGGGCUGUAUCUCCGGCUGCAUGUGUCCUGCUGGCACGGUUCGGUACAGGAAGGACUGCAUUUCUCCAGACCAGUGUCCGUGUUUCCAUAACAACCACGCGUACGCUGCAGGACGGAGCAUCAGCAUCGACUGCAACACCUGUGUGUGUGAAGGCCGGCAGUGGAAGUGCACUCAGAAAGUGUGUGACGGUGUGUGUCGGACAGUCGGAGAGUCGCACUACAUCAGCUUCGACGGACUGAAAUUCUCUUUUCCUGGACGCUGUCAGUACGUCCUCGCCCAGGACUUCUGUAACGGUGUGGACGGAACCUUCAGGAUUCUGGUGGAAAACUCGGCCUGCGGGGUCAUAGGUCACCGCUGCAGCAAGAGCAUCAGUGUGUUUUACAUGGGAGGGCUGAUCACCAUGGAGAAAGGAGAGGUGAGGAUGAGGAGGCCGGUGAUGAAGGAGACGCCUGUCGAGAUCGUGCGCUCUGGACUUUAUUACAUCGUUCUGCUCGGAAAACACAUCUCUCUCACCUGGGACACGGGAACUCGCAUUAUACUGCAGAUCGACAGUGCUUACAGGAAUAAAGUCUGUGGUCUGUGCGGUAAUUUUGACGGCAGUCAGAAUAACGACCUGUUGAGCAGUAACAAUCAGAUGGAGGUCGACCCGAUAGACUUCGGGAACUCGUGGAAGGUUCGGCCGAGCUGCGCCGACGCCGUGCAGGUGGUCUCUGAGUGCAGCACUGACAUGGUGAAACUGGUGACUGUGGAGCAGUCGUGUCGUGUGCUCAGCAGCGCCCUCUUCAGGGAGUGCAACAGUGUGGUGGAUCCUGAGCCGUUCUGGGAGAUCUGCACUCACGACACCUGCUCGUGUUCGUCUGUCGGAGACUGCGCUUGUUUCUGCGACGCCAUCGCCGCUUACGCUCACGAGUGCGCUCAGAGGGGCGUGAUGGUGGAGUGGAGGUCCAACGAUCUGUGCCCUCUGAGCUGUGAGGAGUUGAAUAAGGAGGCGGGUUUGGAGUGUGAGUGGCGUUUCAAUGCCUGUGGAAAAGCCUGUCCUGUGACAUGCCAGCAUCCGGAGCCCUUAAACUGCCCCAGCACCUGCGUCGAGGGCUGCCACGCCUCCUGUCCACCAGGUCAGGUCUUAGAUGAGGUUCAGCAGCGCUGUGUGGAUCCAUCUGAAUGUCAGGUGUGCAUGCACGGUGGAGAACGAAUUUCACAUGGAAAGCAGAUCAUUCUCCAUCACGAUGAUCCACAUCUCUGCCAGAUAUGUCACUGUGAGGAGAACACCCUGACGUGUGGUCCAUGUCCACUCCUCGGUCCCACCUCCACACUGAGCCCGGAUACCGAUUUCACCACUCCCACUCCGUUUCCCUUCUCCACACCGGUCCCUGAGGACGCCUGCGACCGAGCGAUGGACCUGGCCUUCCUGGUGGACGGCUCCUCAUCUCUCAGCGAGGAAGAUUUCAAACUGGUCAAGCUCUUCAUCCUGGGUGUGGUGGAACGUUUCCGCAUGGGCUCGGCACACACUCGGGCCACGGUGCUCCUCUUCCAUUCUGGAGUGAAGAGCUACGAUAUGCAGGUGCAGAAAUGGAUCUUUAAGAAAAUGGUGCGUGAUAUGCACUACAGUGGCGGUGAGGUUGCCUUCAUGGACGAAGCCAUUAAGUAUCUGUCGGUUUACAUUUACGACAAGAACAAGCGAGACCACGCGGGGCGUAUCGCCAUUCUGUUGACGGCUAGCAAAAACCCCCGGCCCAUGCGCACCACUCAGCGCCUGCUGAGGAAGAAAGACAUCACCGUCCUCACCAUCGCUCUGGGGCCUGAAGUCAACAUGGCGCAGGUCAAUGAAAUUACAAAAGCCACUCCUAGCAGCCGGGCGUAUGUUCUGAGCAGCGCCGCAGAGCUGGAUAACCGAGCUUUGGAGAUUACAGAUUACCUCUGCACUCUGGGGUUGGAUCCUGAACCUUCAAAGGCCCCACCCACCAAGAAGAUCACAACAACUUCUACCACAAAGUCCACCACCACCACGACAAGUCCUGUACCAAUCCGGCUCAGCACAGUUCCUGCCACCGUUCCUCCAUCCGCUGCCAUUAUGACUACGUUCCCAAGCAUUGGAACUACUCUUUCUUCUUCUACCGUGACCUUGCAAGACAUCACCAUUCUCCUAGAGGGCUCAGAUAGUGUUGGAGAAGAUAGUUUCAACCGCACCAGAGAUGCACUAGUUGAUGUUCUCGCCUCAUUUGAACAGCAAGACAAGGAGAAAUAUCGUGUCACGGUGGUGCAAUAUUCCUUCACGGUGCACGUGGAGAUCAGUCGCAUGGAGCUGAUGCAGCGGGAGCGCCUCCUGCACAAACUGCAGCAGAUCCGCUUCCGAGGAGGCGAACAGAUCAACACGGGCCACGCCAUUCGCUCCGUCUACGAGUCCAUCACCACAGAGAUGCCGAGUCGCACUCCGGACAAGAUGGUGUUUCUCAUCACCCAAAAUCCUCCCACUGAUGUGAUCCAGAGAAGCUCCACCCACACCAAUAUAAUUCCCAUCGGGAUUGGUCCACAUGUCCGGGAGGUGGAUCUGAAACCACUGAGUUUCCCUGAUGCGCCAAUCAUGUUAAAGAACCCUGAGGACCUAAUUUCACUGGGCCCCCUGCUGCUCAACAUCACAAGGAUGCGAAAAGUGGAUGUACCCCCACCAAGACCAACUCUGCCCCCUGCAGUGCCCUGCUCCCAGCCGAUGGAUGUCUUAUUUUUGCUCAGAGCCGCUUCGAGUGAUCAGUUUGAGGAUUUGAAAACAUUUGUUAAGUCAUUCAUAAGGAACUCUCACAUCGGGCGUAACGAAACGCAGGUCGCGGUGAUGCUGUACGGAGAGAAACCCUCGGAGGCUGUGAGCUGGAGACAGACACAGAGCUCAGAACAUCUCAUCCAGCUGGUGGAGAAACUACACAGCAAUUUGGAUCAUUCAGCAAAACUGGGCACAGCUUUACGAUUGGCUGUUCAGAGUUCCAUUUCCUCCACGAGUGGGGGCCGGAUGGGCGUGGCCAAGAUAGUAGUGAUGCUGGUGACUGACAGGUCGAUGGACUCUGUGCAGGAACCUGCUAACGAGGCUCUCACUGCAGGUGUGACAGUUUUCCCUAUCGGAGUGGGCAGGCAGUACGACAGGAACGAGCUGAUCAUGCUCGCUGGCUCACACACACAGGAGAACAUCAUAGAGCUGAGGAGCACUAACGAACUUCUCGCCAUGGUUACACUGGACCAGUCGUUUACUGACAAACUCUGCAGGGCGGGUCCUCCUGGAGUGUGUGUGGAUGAUGAUGGAAAAGAGAGGAAGCCUGGAGAGAGGUGGCUGUUACCAGACGGCUGUCACUCGUUGCUCUGUAACCCGUCUGGGGUCGUGACCCUUCAGAGCCACAGAGUGAACUGUGAGAGACUCGAGCCUCCGACCUGCAAAAACCACCUGCGUGCGGUCAAAGUCAACCAGACCUGCGGCUGUUCCUGGGCCUGCCCCUGUAUGUGCACCGGCAGCUCCACCAACCACGUUGUGACGUUCGGAGGCGUGGCUCUAAAACUGAAAGGUGCCUGCUCCUAUUCGUUGCUUCGAUCAGGGGGGGCGGAGCUUGUUCUUACCACGACCAAGUGUCGGGACUCACCCAAUCAGAUCUGCAUGAAGAGCCUGGAGCUGAGGGAAGGUGGAUCUCGAGUGGUGCUGGGAGAUGAUAUGAAGGUGACAGUAGACGGCGAGGUUACCCCGGUGCCCUUCAGACGAGGAGGCGUGGCUGUCACUCAGAUUGGAUCUCUGCUUCAUCAGCUUCGCUCGGAGAAACACGGCUUCACCCUCAGCUUCACUCCACACAGCAACGAGUUCACGAUCAGCCUCGACAUCACCAUGGCAACCAACACCACCGGCAUCUGCGGUUCCUGCUCAGACGACCAGACGGACCUGCUGCUCCCUGACGGUUCCGUGAGCACCGACUCGGACUCCUUCCUGCGAGCCUGGUCCCCGGACCCGUGUGUGGCGAGUGUGACGGAGGAGUGUGAGGCGGGCGUGGCCCAGAGCUGUGAGCUGUUAGCGUCCGAGGUGUUCAGCGAGUGCCAUAACCUGGUCCCACCUCAGGACUACGUGUCCAUAUGCAGGAAGGCAGCGUGUCACCCCGCCAUGGUGUGUGACCUGCUCGCGGCCUACAGCAGUGUGUGUCGACAGCAGGGGGUGUGUGUUCACUGGAGGACUGCCGACCUGUGCCCCAUGACUUGCUCCAACAAUCUAGAGUAUGAUGCGUGCCGUACGGGGUGUGUGGAGGAGUGUGGCCACGCCCGCUCCCCCCUGGGUGACAUGGAUUGGAGAGGAGACGGUGUAGUGGGCGGGGCUCAAUGUUUCGCCACGCCCACCGAGGGCUGCUUCUGUCCUCCUGGUACAGUGCUGCGAGGAGAGAAGUGUGUAAGCCAAGAGGCCUGUAGUCAGUGUGUGGAUACACAUGGACAUGUCCACCAGUUCAUGGAGAGCUGGACUCCAGAUGAUAACCCGUGUCUGCUGUGUUUGUGUUUAGAUCAGCAACAAAUAAACUGUACAGCUCUGCCGUGCACUAACGCUAAAGCCCCUGUGUGUGGAGUGUGUGAGAUCCUGGUGGAGAAGAAGGAGUCUAAGUGCUGCCCGGAGUAUGCAUGUGUGUGUGACGCUGUGAACUGUAAGCUCUCUGCUCCUCCACAGUGUGAGAGCGGUCUCACUUCAGUCCUGACGAACCCGGGAGAGUGCGCACCCGUCUAUCAGUGUGUCUGUAGAAAAGACAGAUGUUCUGCUACCAGGCCCUCAUGCCCCGCCCACAAAAAGCUGUCCAUCAAACAGACGGACUGCUGUGAUUCGUUCGAAUGCGUGUGCGAGUGUCAGAACUCCACCCGAGUGUGUCCUCCAGGUUACAUCACCAAGGAGACGACCAACGACUGCGGCUGUGUAGACGUCACCUGUGAACCUGAUAAAGUGUGUGUGGUGGCUGGUGUGGUGUAUCAGAAAGGGAGUACAUGGGAGAAGCAGUGUAAGGUGUGUACAUGCACAGAGCAGACAGACAGAACAACCGGGCUGCAUGUAGUGCAGUGUGUGGAUCCCGUCUGCAACCAGAUCUGUCCUCAGGGUUCUACAUAUUCUCAACGGGUGGGAGAGUGCUGUGGUCACUGUCGUAAGAACAGUUGUGUUGUGGAGGACACCAGACUCGGAAAACGACUGAGACAGGUGGGAGAGAGCUGGGUGUCUGCUGAUAAUCAGUGUGUGUUUAGUGAGUGUGUGCAAGUGAAUGAGGAGGUCUUUAUCCAACACACCAACAUUUCCUGCCGCCUCAUGGACAUGCCAGUCUGCCCGCUGGGCACCGAGCUGCACUGUGACACCGCCAACGGGUGCUGCCCCUCCUGCCAAUGCGUGCCUGUGGAUGCCUGCGUGUUGAACCACACACUCAUUGGAGUUGGUGAGAGAAUGAUGGUGGAUGUGUGUACAAACUGUAAGUGUGUGAUUGAGGGAGGAAAAUAUCACCUGGCCUGCAGGAAGAUGAGCUGCUCACCAUGUUCAGAGGGAUAUAUUCUCGAGCCCAUACCUGGUGCCUGCUGCGGCCGUUGUGUAGCUUCAUCCUGCAACAUGCAGCGACCUGAUGGACAGUUAAUCAGCAUUGGGGUGAACACUACUCGUGAAGAUGGCUGCAUCAAACACACAUGCAGUGUGAAUGAGAAGGGAGAGCUGGUGCUGGAGACUGUAGUGACCACGUGUCCUCCACUGGACCGAGCCAGCUGUCUGGAGCACGGGGGUCAGAUCAGCCGGAUCGGACAGAGCUGCUGCCAGAUGUGUACUGAGCCUGAGUGCAGGAGGAGAGUGGGUGUGUUGGAUUUUGUCAGGAUCGAUGAUUGUCAGUCGGAGGAGAAGCUCGAGCUGAGUUACUGCGAGGGCCGGUGCAGCAGCAAGGCUGUGUAUUCUGCAGAGAAGAAGCGUGUGGAGAACCAGUGUGUGUGCUGUAGUGCCACAGGAACCUUACCGCUCAGUGUGUCCCUGCGCUGUCCCAACGGCACACACACACCUCACCAAGUCCUCACCGUCACCGGGUGUGAAUGUGAGAGCCACAUCUGUCCUGCAGACUGAGAUCUCUCUCUCUCUCACACACACACACACAGACAGACAGACGUAUAAACACCCUGCAACCACUCAUAUGUACAACACCUUCACUGUAACCACGUCUCCUUAUCUCAUUAUUCAACACACACUUAAAAAGCAAUAAUUUGUACACUCAUGAAUCAACACUUAAUCAAUAAACUUAAUUUCUAUCUAAA